GACGCAGCCGUGAUAUGUUUUGGUAGCCGAGAGCAUGGAAGCCGGUGAGAAGAGACAAUUUAGGUCGUCAAAGAAGAGAAAGAAAGUUGGAAAAGCCGGUCAAGUGAGGUCAGCAGAAGAGGAGGCCAGGAGGAGGGAGAUUCUGAAGGAGAGUCUGAGGGAGAAACUUGAAUUAGAGAAACGAGCUCUUCAGGUGGUGGAGCGACUGCUGGACGAGAACGUUAGCGAGGAUUUUCUCACUGACUGUGUCCGACUGAUCACACCAGCCAACUACAGAGAUGCAGUGGAGGAACGUUCCAUUGCUAAACUGUGUGGAUAUCCUGUGUGCUCCAACACACUCACUAAUGUUCCUUCUCAGCAGUAUAAAAUUUCCACCAGGACCAAUAAAGUCUAUGACAUCACGGAACGUAAGUGCUUUUGCAGCGAUUUCUGCUUCAUAGCCUCAAAACAUCUUGAAGUCCAGAUUUCUAAAUCACCGCUGUGGCUCAGGAAGGAGGAGAGCCCUCCUGACAUUAAGCUGAUGAAGAAAGGUGAUGGGGGAAGCUCAGGAGUUGAGGUGGAGCUGACCGACAGACCGGUGUACCUGACAGAAGUAGAAAGUCCCGCCCCGGAUUCCUCGAUACGUCGUGGAUCUUCCAGGGAGAGCUCGGACAGCGAGGACGAGCAGAGUUUCGUGUCCAGCGUGGUGUCCGGACAGUGCUCACGUCCCCGGGUGCACUGGGGGAACCUGCCCAAGCGGCACGACGAAGACGGGACGAAACCAACUGACCGGGUUGAAUCCGGGCGUGUUGAUGAAGCUACACCUGUAGAACGUGGUGUGGAGGAAACGACGGACCUUCUGGACCGGUGUGAUUUAUCUGAUGCUCCUGCACAAACAGCUAACGAUGCACAUGAGAAGGCUGCAGAACCUGGACUGAACAUCUCAGAAGUGGGUAUGAGCAAGAAAGGCGCUGCUGGACUGAAGAACCUGCUAAAGAACCAUGCGCAGUCGAGAGCAGAACCUCCGUCGGUCACGCUCGGCGUGCUGGAGGCUCUACGACGCACUCUGACUGAGUGGAAAACUGAGGAAACCAUGAGGUUUCUCUGUGGACCUGGUUACACAUCACAGACCAAAGCCGUGGAACAAAGUAAAGUCGAGGAGGAAGAAGAGCUGGAUGAGGAUGAUCUGGAGGAUCCGGAGGAGGUUCCAGAGCAGAAGAGAGGUUCAGACCAGGGAGGAGGAGGAGCAGAAGAGGGAACACACCGACCCUCCGCUCCAGCUCCAGAUCAUCAGACUCUGAAGAAGGAGACGGAGAUGCUGGAGCUCCGAGUGCAGGAGUUCUACAAGGGAGGGUGUGUCCUGCCCGAGGAGGUCCAAAAUCUGACCGCGGGGGAGAGUAACCACGCCCAGCGGGAGAACGACGCCCCUCCGUUGCCGUUGGUCGACUCUCACGCCCAGCACGCCAUCCAGAGACGCAUCGCCGUGGAGAAGCUCUGCAGAAGUUCAAAGGACGUGGUCGGACCUCUGGGUGUGACCAUGAACGAGAUCAUCAACGACAUCAACAGCUUGGUCAGGACCUUCAGAUUCACGAACGUCAACAUCAUACACAAGCCUCCAGAGUGGACCCUGAUCGCUCUGGUUCUUCUUUCAGCGCUGACCGGAGUGUCCCCGUCUCUGAGGGACUCCAUGAGCAGGACGUCUUCGCUGGAGUUCGUCUCCUCUCUGGUGAAGGUGCUGAAGCUGAAGGACGAGGAUCUGAGGAGCCUCGUGCUGAUCUUCAGACCUGAGGGAAACGUCCAGCCUCCAAACUCAGAUCCGCCAGAGACGCCGCACUGCUAAACCUGAACUUAAACCUAAACCUGAACUUAAACCUAAAUCCUAACCUAAUAAAACUGAUCUGGAAAAAUAA